AAGAACAUUGUGUCCUGGCAUAAACAAAAAAGUUCAUCACCAGGCAAGGUGAAAAAAUCAAUAAUGGAGCAGGCGGCAACUUCAUCUACCACUGAUUUGGAGCCUGAAUACAGGGCAGAUGGAUCAUGUUGGAAGUUGGUUCCAGUUAUCUCAGACGGAUUACUUAGCCAGAAAGCUGAUGAUAAUAUUUUUAGACAUCCUUUGACUGUUUUGCUAACGCAAAUAGCUAUAAUUUUCAUCCUUGCUACCAUCAUACACCACUUUCUAAGGCGCUACCAUUUGCCUCGUCUUAUAUCUGAAGUGCUGGCAGGUCUAAUUCUUGGACCAACUGUACUCGGACGGUUUUUUCCUAAAAUGUCAAACACUUUGUUCCCCCAGCAAUCUGUGAAAAUCUUGGCUACAUUGACAAGUUUUGGAUACUUGUUUUUCAUGUUUUUGAUCGGAGUGAAGAUGGAUAUAAAUCUGAUUAUAAAAUCAGGAAAAAGAGACUGGACUAUAGGCUCUAUUGUCAUUAUGUUCCCCCUUCUAAUCAUUGUUCCCGUGGCUAGAUACAUAGCCGCAAAUGUGGACAACAUGGAUAAACUGUCCAUGAAUUGGGUGGCAUUUUUCUCAGGAGUAGUAAUGCUAACCUCAUUUCCAGUGGUGGCCAGCCUUUUAAUGCAUCUCAAGAUCAUUAACUCUGAGUUGGGACAUGUUGCUUUGGCAUCAGCAUUGAUUAGUGACUUGAUAAGUGUAGUAAUGAUAAAUUCGAACGCCUACGUGCUACUUUACAGAUUUGCAUCAUUACGGGUAGCAAUCAAGUCUAUGUUCCUUUGUGUCGCUCUUGUUAUGGUUGUCAUAAAGAUUUUGCGUCCAAUGACGUUCUGGAUCAUCAGAAGAACACCUGAAGGAAAGCCUGUCAAAGAUGCUUACAUUUUCCUUCUUGUGAUAGUACUAGUACUUGUAACAAUAGUUGGUGAUGAUGUUGGACUUCAGUACAUGUACGGGCCUUUUAUACUAGGCUUGACAGUUCCAACAGGACCUCCGUUGGCUUCAACUCUGAUAGAAAAAUUAGAUACCGUGGUAACAGACGUGAUGCUGCCACUUAUGUCAACUUAUUGUGGAUACAGAUCCAAUCUAUGGGAAUUGAACAGGCGGCCACCUGCUUUUCUUAUUUUUAUAAUUACUUUUGGUUUCUUGCUGAAAGUUAGCUGUGGGUUUUUUCCGGCAAUUUGUUUCAAAAUGCCUUGUAAGGAUGCUACUGCGCUUGCGUUGAUGUUGACGGCCAAAGGCAUUAUUGAAUUAGGCACUUUUGCAACCAAUGCUGAAAAGUACUCCAUUGUUCCUGGACAAUUCACCUAUGCUGUAGUGGUUAUACUCGUUUGUGCAGCAGUCGUGCCAAUACUUAUCAGAAAGCUUUAUGAUCCAUCAAUCACAUACGCUGGUUACCAGAAAAGAACCGUAUUAAACUGUCCUGCAAAUGAGGGUCUUCGGGUGCUAGCUUGUGCACAUGGGCAAGAUGAUGCAUUGUCAGCAAUCAAGCUGCUUGAACUUUCAAAUCCUACUACAGGAAGUCCCUUGUCUGUUUACGGACUUUGCUUGGAAGGACUUGUCGGUGGAUCCACACCCCUCCUCCUCAAUCACCAGUUAGGCCAGAAGAGUUCUUCUGAUGGAUCUCGCUGGCAACCCAUCAUUGAUGUUUUCAAUUACUUUAAGUCGGAAACUAAGAAACAAGCCCAAGUGCAAGUCUUCACAGCAAUAUCACUUCCCAAAUUAAUGCAUGAAGACAUUUCUUGGGUUGCCUUUGACAAUUCAGUAGCAUUAAUACUACUUCCAUUUCAUAGGAAAUGGAAUUUCAAAGGAAAAAUGAUUUCAGAUAACAAAGAUUUGAGGGCCUUGAAUUGUAAAGUAUUGAACAAGGCCCCUUGUUCUGUAGGCAUUCUAAUUGAUCGCAGCAGAAAUCGUGGUCCAUCAUUCUUAGCAAAUUCAUCCAUAUAUCGUGUGUGUGUGAUUUACUUGGGAGGAAAGGAUGAUAGAGAAGCUCUUGCUCUUGCAGGAAGGAUGAGAGGAUGGCCUUUUGUUUACAUAACUGUUGUUAGGGUAAUGUUAUCAAAUGCUUGUCCCAUGCAAGGAUGGGAGGUUAUGUUAGAUGAUGAGUGUUUGAGAGACAUAAAACACCCAAGCCAAAAAAAUGCUAAUGUAUUUUAUGAGGAGGAGACAGUUAGAGAUGGUAUGGAUACAUCUGUGCUUGUUGGAUCACUAUUGGACGAAAACUAUGAUCUUAUCUUAGUUGGGCGGCAUUCUCAAUCUAACUCACCAGUCCUAGCAGGUCUAUCAGAAUGGACUGAUUUGCCAGAGCUAGGGCCAAUUGGAGACCUGCUAGCUUCUUCAGAAAUCACUAACCCAAUUUCUGUCUGUGUGGUUCAACAGCAGAUCACUAAGUGAGUGCUUGCUCUUUUUCUGUCAUAGCUUUGAAAUUGACGGGCUGCAUU